AUGGCCGCAGAACCCAUUAAGGAUUCGGUCACCGCCGAGACCUCCAAGGGUGAAGAUGAUACCAAGUCGCCCAUUGUGACUAGCGAGAGCAGCCCCCAGGCUGAGGGGAAUACUGCUGCCCACCAGGAGGCUGAGAAUGCCGCCGUCGGCCAGGGUAUUCACAUCCUCGAGUCCAAGUCCGUCCACUGGUACUCGUACCUCACCACGCCCGACUUCUGGCUCGUCCUGGGCAUUGGUCAGGUCCUUGCGCUCUGCAUCACCUCCACCAAUACCUUCACCAGUCUGCUUGCCGGCGUCAACACCAAUAUCCCCGCCUUCCAGACCAUGUUCAACUAUGUCUUAUUGUUCCUCGUCUACACCGGCAUCUUCCUCUACAAGGAGGGUCCCAAGGAAUGGGGCCGCGUCGCCUGGCGCCACGGUUGGAAGUACCUGAUCAUGUCCUUCCUCGAUGUCGAGGGCAACUACUUCACCGUCCUCGCCUACCGGUACACCAACAUCCUGUCCGCCCAGCUGAUCAACUUCUGGGCCAUUGUCUGCGUCGUCAUCAUCUCCUUCUUCGUGCUCAAGGUCCGCUACCGCAUCUUCCAGAUCGUCGGUAUCCUCGUCUGCAUGGGAGGCAUGGGCAUCCUGAUCGCCUCGGACCAAAUCUCCGGCGGCGGCGCUGGCCAGGCCACCGACAUGGUCAAGGGUGACAUGUUCGCUCUGGUCGGCGCCACUUGCUACGGCCUUAGCAACGUCUUCGAGGAGUGGCUCGUCUCCAAGGCGCCCAUGUACCACGUCCUGUCCUUCAUCGGCCUCCUCGGUAUAAUCAUCAACGGCGUCCAGGCCGCCAUCUUCGACCGGGAGGCCUUCCAGGGCGCGACCUGGGACGGCAGUGUGGCCGGAUGGCUGGUCGGUUACACGCUGUGCCUGUUCAUCUUCUACUCGACCGUCCCCUUCAUCCUGCGCAUGGCCAGCGCCAGCUUCUACAAUAUCUCCCUGCUCACCGGCAACUUCUGGGGCGUCAUCAUUGGUAUCAACGUCUUCGGCCUCACCGUCCACUUCAUGUACCCCAUCGCCUUCGUCUGCAUCAUCAUCGGCCUCGUCAUCUACUUCCUCUCCGGGAGCAUGCUUGGCGAGUCCAAGAAGCCGUGGCUGGGAGACAACCAGGAGUCUGGUUUCGCCGGACUGGGCACCGCCAAGCUCAAGGCUCUCAACGUCGCCCGCCAGGCCCAGCUGGAGACUGAGAACGGGACCGCCCCCGCUCCUGCCCAGCAGUAG